CGCGCUCCUGAGUGUCCAGUGGGUGAGAGGGGGGUGACAGCCAGGCUCUACGGACACACGGUGCUCGCCUCCGGCAAAUGACGCCCACCAUUCAUACCUUUACACUGAGCUAUUUUGAUCAUAUAGACAUCACAUGAGUGCACGGAGGAGGGAGGCUCACCUCCUCCUCUACGGCUUUUUGUCCCACUAGUCCAUCCUCCAUCGACGGCGUCGCCAUCCGUCCCUCCUCCCUCCUUCGCCGCGGUGCACAAUCUGCCCUUUUCCCUCCCAACCCAGCUUUGCAUCUGAAUGACGGGCGGAAGGUUCGACUUCGACGACGGUGGCACAUAUUGCGGGGGUUGGGAAGAUGGCAAAGCCCACGGACACGGCAUCUGCACCGGACCCAAGGGCCAGGGCGAGUACGCGGGCUCCUGGUCGCACGGCUUCGAGAUAGUCGGCGUGUACACCUGGCCCAGUGGGAACACCUACAAGGGGUACUGGUCCCAGGGCAAGAGACAUGGGCUCGGCGUGGAGAAUAAGGGAAAGUGGAUCUACCGCGGGGAGUGGAGCCAUGGCUUCAAGGGGCGCUACGGUGUCCGGCAGAGCCACAGCACACCUGCGAGAUACGACGGCACCUGGAGCAACGGGCUCCAAGAUGGAUAUGGCAUUGAAACAUACGGAGACGGAGGCACCUAUCAAGGCCAGUGGAUGGGCGGCAUGCGUCACGGCUACGGCGUGCGCCAGAGUGUCCCGUAUGGGAUGGCGACUGUUAUCCGUUCACCUCUGCGUACAUCCAUGGCUUCCCUGCGCUCCGAGCAGAGCAACGGCACCGUGCUUCAGGACCUCUCCUCCCCCGCAGACACGCCCACAGGCAACCGCGGUGGCUUCGUGCUCAACUUCCACUCAGACAGCGAGGUCGUGAUGGGCAAAAAGAAGGGCCUCUUCCGCCGGGGCUCCCUCUUCGGUAGCCUACGGCAGCUACGUAAGUCCGACUCCCGGACCUCCAUCUCCAGCAAGCGCAGCUCGGCACGCAGCGACGCCACUAUGAGCCGCAUCAGCUCCAGCGACGCCAACUCCACAAUAUCCAUCGGUGAUGGUGAGCUGCAGGACGAGGACCUUCUCCUGGAGGACCACGUGGAUGCCACCACCACCGAGACCUACAUGGGAGAAUGGAAAAACGACAAACGCAACGGAUUUGGCGUUUCGGAGAGAUCCAACGGGAUGAAGUAUGAAGGAGAAUGGCUGAACAACAAGCGCCAUGGUUAUGGCUGCACAGUUUUCCCAGAUAGCACUAAAGAAGAAGGGAAGUACAAAAAUAAUGUGCUCGUGCGUGGAAUUAGGAAGCAGCUGAUUCCUCUAAAGAAUCCCAAAACCAAAGAGAAGGUGGAUCGGGCAGUUGAGGGAGCGCAGAGGGCUGCAGCCAUCGCCAGAAGCAAAGUGGAAAUAGCUUCUUCUAGGACGGCCCAUGCCAGGACUAAAAGCGAGGCUGCAGACCAAGCUGCCGUCUCUGCCGUGCAUGACUCCGAAAUCGCCAGAUCGGUUGCAAGGGAGCUCGCGCCCAACUUCUAUCAGCCAGGGCCAGAUUACGUAAAACAGCAGUUUAAAGAGCCUGUGGAGAUUAAAGAGGUCCCUGUCGAAAAGAAAGACAGCUCACAGAGUAAUUCUCCCCACUUUUAUCGCAAAGGCACCACUCCCCCUCGUUCCCCAGACAAAAAUCCCAUGGGAUCUUCUCCCCCCUCCCCUCACUCCAGCAAGAAGAAAGGUCAUCUCUCCAACAGCAACGGCCGCAAAACCAGCAAGGAUGAACAAGUGUCCCGUAAAAUAAGCAAGGAGGAGAAGUCUUCCCAUAAAACCAGCAAAGACGAACAUUCUAGCAAGAAGAAAGAGGAGCGGUCGUCCGUCCAGGAUGGGCCUAAAAGUUCUCAUAAGCACAUCGAAGCACCCCCUAAACCUGCUAAAGUUCAGCAGGUGAGCCCACCGCCUGCUGCUUCCCCCCAACCUCCCGCACAGCCUCCUGCCAUCCCGGUCAAUGGCCAGCUCCACACAGAGUACCACAGCUACUAUGUCAAAGCCCCCGUCAAAGGCCCUCCACCCCCUGACCCAGAGGAGGACCCUGAGGAAGAGCCGAGUGCCCUGGUUCUGGCACGCCUGCCACCACAACCCAGGUCUGUUAGUACUCCGACACCAAAGCCGGACUCCGUACGGCAGAGCAAGAACGACCCGAAACUCAGGAAGCAAGAUUCCUUAAAGCCAAAGAGCCUCGCUGACACAAAGAAAGCCAGCAUGGAGAUUGCAGAAAGCACGGAGGAAACGGGUCCUAACUCCAUCCUUGUUGCUAUGGUAAUGCUGUUGAAUAUUGGCCUUGCAAUUAUUUUUGUCCAUUUUCUGACAUGAUAGUGCUCAUUCUCAGUGAAAACAUGGCAAGUUAUGCAGCUGCAUCGCCGGCCUCGGAAAAAAAAUGAAAACGGCGCCAACGAGUCCAGGUGGCGGCCGGAGGUGUUUGGUUAACAGCAUGACACCGGGGAGGAAAAUCGAGAGGGGGACGGGCGUCACCGCGUGGACCCCUCGCCCCACCAAUUCCUAUAGGCUUCUGGAAAAUCUGAGGUGAAAGGUUGUGUCUAGUAAGUUUUAACAAACAAAUCAAAACAUAGUUGAAGACAUUUUGAACACCCGAUGGCGCUGGGCCGGCCCGCGAGGAGGACCGGCGGACUUUGCUGCUGGAAGAAAGCCGAGCUGCACUUUUAGAUGACGGGAGCAAACAGCUGCCUUUCUAUUUUGCCAUCACGAGGAGGUGAGGUGGUGGGUUAGGGCGGGGUGUGGAGCAGCCGCAUAUGGGAGCUUUUGGCGGGUGCUUUUCAAGAGAAGGGGGCGGGGGAGUUCCCAGGAAGCUUGUCUGUUGCUAAGCAGUCACUCGCCAGUCUUACCUCCAUGUUUGUCGAGCUCCAUCCACACCGCCCCCUCAUUGCAUGAACUCUUUAUUUUAUUGACUUUUUUUUCUUCUCCGGGUGGUGGUUACACCUUUUUAUUGUGAAAAUCCCCCUUACACCAAUUGUCAUGUAAGUGCAAUAUGUUCUAUUUUUUCCAAAAGUAUAUUUUGCCAAAACAACAAAGAAAUUGUAUUGACAGACUGAACAGGAAGAGAGCAUGCUGAUUGACAGCUGGCGCAAGGAAAGUUUAUUGAAGCCAGCUGUCCAGAGUGAUGUCUUAUUGUGUUAUUUAUUGAAAUUGACGUCUCCCCUGUCCUCCAUUGUUUUUCAAAGUGCCGCUGCUUGCAUGCCGGGCAUUUAAACCGUAUUUGAAGGUUUCAGGUUGAUGCAGUGGGGAAAGGAUGCCUUUAAAAGUCUUGAACAGUACUACUGUGUACCUCAUUAAAAGAUGAGGAAGUGGGGUUUCUAUGGGGGUGGGAGGUUUGACGGAUGCCAUCCUUGUCUUAAUAUUGUGCAAGAUGCUCGGGACUGUUGUCAUCACCUUCAGUCAUGCUUUUUAAUGAGUUAACUUGCCUCAUUUGUCCUCUUUGUCGCAGCUAAAGCAUGUGUUUCUUUGACUUUAAAAAAAAAAAAAAAAAAAAAAAAGCCUACUUAUUUAGUUUAUUGUCAUGAAUAUGAAGGUUAGAUGUGUGUCAUCACUAGGGAUUAAUCAGCUAUGGGGAAGAUUAAUCAUCAAUCAAACUGGUCGUAUUUAAAUACAAUCUAUCGCUCUAGGGGUGUAACGGUACACAAAAAUGUUGGUCCGGUACGUACCUCGGUUUAGAGGUCACGGUUCGGUUCAUUUUCGGUGCAGUAAGAAAACAACAAAAUGUAAUUUUUUGGGUUAUUUAUUGACCAAAUUUACAAAAUCUUCAACCAAAAAUAUUUUUCUUAUUGGACUAUUUAGUGUGAAGUAAUGGGAACCUUGGAUAGGUCAAUAAUUUAUAAUAUAUAAUAACAUUGAUUUUGAUUCAAUAUUAUGUUUUGAGCAAUGACUGUUUGAAAGGAAAAAAAACAGCUUUGUUUUAUUAGUCAACAUUGCAACUUUUUCUAAAUUAAAUUUAACCUUCAAGAUUUUUUAUUUCACUUCUGUUAUCUUUUUGUUUAUUUUAAUAGUAUUUUCAGAAUAUGCCGUGGGCCUUUAAAACAUUAGCUGUGGACCGCAAUUGGCCUCCGGGGCACACUUUUGAAACCCCAGCUAUAAAUAAUAAAAAAUUUAAUCUGAUAAAUUAAUGGAUAAAAAGCAAAGCCUAGCAACGCAUGCACGUUUAUCAUAACUCUCUCGCUCUCUUCCCUCCCUCACGAAUGCUGUGUUGCGCUAACAAUGUGUUUUGUUUUUAACUCCUUCUUAACCCUGAACGUACAUUCUUAAUACAUGCAACCAUAACUCAAAAUGCCGGACAUUUGAGGCAUUUAAGAAACUCUGCCCUGACAGCUCCGCAAAAGAGACAUGUCCGGGUAUAGAGGAUGCAUUGUCAGUCCAUCCUUGCCCGGUAGCUGCUAGCAUGCUAACAAAAGGAAACAUGUCCGGUGCUAGCGGAGACCGGGCUAAAUGCCUCAAAUGUCCGGCAUUUUGAGUAUUGUUUACGCUACUUAAUAUAUCUGGAAACUCGUUCGGUUCACCUCCGCACCGAAUCGAAACCCCCGUACCGAAACGGUUCAAUACAAAUACACGUACCGUUACACCCCUAGUUUUAGGUUAAGGGCAAAAGUUUGGGUAACAAGCACCGCCAUCCGCUUGUUGACGUAGCAAAUGUCACAGUGAACCCCGUAGGGAUGUAUACCCUGUACUGGUACCUUUUUGGUAGCACUUGGGUGGGUCCAGGAAGACCGUUAAGAUUCUGGACUAAUGAUACUGCCGUCGUUUUUUUUUUUUUAUUCAGCUGACCGUCACAAUAAUGAAACCUUGGUGCCACUACUCUGCACAGGUAUGGAAUGGAAUAAUCACAAAUAAGAAACCACAUGAAAGUUUUAACACAACUUAUUUCCUUUUUAACACAAUUUCCUCCUAGUCUCCAAAGUCACACAUGCUAGUAAGUGAAAGACAAUGUUUACACCAAAGUUGACGCAAAAGUCGCAUUCAGGAUACAUUGCCGUUUAGACUGAAGUCACGUUUAAAAAGAUCCAAUUCCAAUCAGAUUUAGACUACCUCCUGAUGUGGCCAGAUUUGAAGCACUUUGGGCGUUUAGACUGACAAAAAAAUCUGAUCUGUGUCACUUGAUGGCAAAAAAAUCAGGAAAUCACUUUCCUAUAAACGAUCCAGUAAUCCACAUAUUAAGCCACUCAAAAAGAGUGAAAAUGUAAAAUUAUCACUAAGUCUUUUUAUUUAUGAUCCACACACGACACAGACACAUGUACGCCGGUGGCUGUCAUUACUGGCUUCUGGUUUGUUAAUCAAAUAGGUCCAUGUGCAACAUAAACACGAAUAACAGUUCCUAUUGUAACAAAAUGCACACCCACUUAACAUGCUAAUAGAUUGUGUUGAUUUGUAUUGUAUAUUUGAUAUGAGAUAUUAUUUAAAAAGUCUGUGAAUGAACACCAUACCAUAUAUUAAUAUUAUUUUAUCAUGUCUUUGUUGUUCAAUACUUUAUUGCUAUUAUUUUAAAUGCCAUUAUAGGGACAAGCAGUAGAAAAUGGACAAAUGAAGAUACUGAGUGUAACUAUAAUGAAUACAGUGAUGGAUCUGUGUGGUCUUUACAAGGUGAUGACGUAACAACUGCAUUGCAUCUUGCGCUGCAAACAUAAUUGACUUUUUGAAGACUUUAAGAGCAAGAGUUGUUAAAAGACUUCCUUGCUGUCAGAUAUAUUGUUGCUGGAGCACAAUCAAGCAAUUUUGCAAAUCAAAAUGCGAAUAAAAAUUCAUAUUUUCACAUCUUUUUUUCCACAAAUUACAUAUAGGAGUGAAUAUCGAUAUCGGUGUUGGUAUCUAUAUCGAAAAAAUCCUAACAAUAUACAUCCUUGGAACCCUGUAAGAUCGGAAGAUAAUAUUAACAUUAACUUAUAGCUAGAGUUUGACUUAACUGUAUUUUUUCAACUAGGGGAACAAAGAAAAUGAGUCAAGGACAGUACUGAGGAGAAGAAGUUGGUUUCAUUAAUUGAAUUAAAGAAAUAAAUUUUCGUCAGGGUGGCUUGGUUCAGAUGGUCGUCCAGAAGCCGGUACCAAUCUUGCUUUUGCCAUCCUAGUCUCCGUAGUUGUGUCCCUGGGCAAAACCGUUCAAUAACAAUACAAACAGAUAAAGGAUGCAUAAUGAGUGUUUGGCACACUCACUACCUUCAUUGACACUGCACUGAUACCGUGUUGGAGUUUCAUAAUGGCCAUGCCCUAUCCGCUGGAUUAAAAAAGUCCCCUACUUUUGAACUGCAAAUAAAAUUUAAAGUUAUAUAAUCUGGCUCAAUUACACUCUAGUCUGUACAGCAGAAUUUUUUUUUCUGUCCUGAAUGGAAAAACAUAAAAAAAACAUGACUUGGCAAUGCAGUUGGAGUGUAGCACUGCUAGUCUGUACUAUUCUGAAGCAGAAUAAGUCAAUUACAGCAGCCAAGAAUGUUAAAUGCGGACAUUUAACCCUGAAAAUAUCGAGAAGCUGCUGAUGGUGUGUUUGGCCGAGAAGCAGCUUGAAGGAGAUACUGUAGGGGCCCGCUGCAGUCAUUUCAUUCAAUGUGUAGUAUAAUUUUCUUCUAAAAGGCUUCGUAAUAAAAUUAUGUGAUUUCAAUUCAUUUCAAUAGCUGUUUUGAUAUACAUGUUUGUUGAGGUGCAAGCUGCGCCGCAGAACCAAUAUUAUAGUAUUUUGAGGAUAAUACUGUAUUUGUAUUAUUAUUUUAAUUAAAAGUGUUUUCCCCUACUGAUAUUAGUAGUCCAGGCUAAAUCCACUGCACCUCUGCUGGAGGCAACCAGUAGUGCUUAUUUUGCUUCAAUUUAUCGAUUCCACGUUAUUAGUGAGCUAAUUGAUAAUGAUUAAGCUUUAAAAGUGGCUUUAAACUUUAUUCGUGUUUAUAACUCCAAAAAUAUUGCACAGUCCAAAUUUCAUGUAAUCAAAUCAUCCAUCCAUCCAUCCAUCGUCUACUGCUUGUCCCUUUUGGGGUUGCGGGGGGUGCUAGAGCCAAAUAUAAAAAAUAGGAUCAGUCAGUUAGCUUGCAUUGACUAUGUGAUCAAAUUGUUUUUUGGGGGGGGGGCGCUUCAUAGUCAAGAUGAAGUAACUUCUGGAGGGUCAAAUUGUUUUUUAAUGCAAUGUUACAUCUUGGAGACAUUUAUAUCGAGAGAAUUCUUUACUAUUUCUAUGGAUUUUUACAGAGCACAGAAUCGGCUGUGGGUAUGGGUAUUUUUCUAACAAUUUGCAAACCUGUUUUUUGACUGCUGAUAGAACGUGCAAUUGGUGAGGUAACGCACAUUAUCAAAGAUUCUAAUUGGUUGUACUGUAUGUACUAUGAGGGGAUCGCCAGAUAGAUGUUACCUGUUUGUAUUUUUGCAAAAUGUCGGGAGGCUCAUCUGACCCCAUUGAUUUGUGCAAAGUCUUUGGAGAUUAUUUAUGUGUAUAAAAAAAUUUAAAAAGUU